AUGUCAGUUGUAUGCCGACAACAUAAUCCCAGCAUUUCCAGUAUCUAUACAUCAUUUCCUAUCAUCUACACUGUGCAUAUUACAUGCGAACCUCUUGUGAAGUACAUGUAUGCUGAAGUGCUGCCAGCCCCAAUGGCCGGUUGGAAGAAAUACGCACGAAUAAUUUUGCCUCACGUUGGCCUCAUUAUCCUGUCAUUGCUGUACAUAAUCGGCGGUGCUUUUGCAUUUUAUCACUUGGAACGGCCGAAUGAAAUCGCAGUGAGGCGCGAGAGCCUGAAGGAAGUCUAUGCCCAGCGAAAAUUAAUGCUCGAAGAACUGUGGGCUGUUUUGAAUGACGAUUCGGUCUCAGAUGGUAUGUUCGGGAAAAAAGAAUAG